CCAUCUAAGGGUUAAUCCACACAUUCUAUUGUCGCUCUGCUCGCACUUACUAAACAGUUGCCAUUUCACUCGCACUCAUUGUUUUAAUAGUAGGGUUCCAAAAUUUGCCGACGAGACUACCUUAUGUUAUUGUAUCAUGGUUUUGCCGGUGCUGCUUUUCAAUUGAAGAGAAUUAGAGGGUGUGUGAAGUCAGUAAGGACCCCUUAACAAUUAUUUCAGAUACUAAUGUUUGUAAACAAUAUUAUCAUUAUUGAAUGAAGAAAAUAAUAAGACAACUGGUUUUCCAAUUUUUGGCUUCCUUUUUUGCACAAAAUAGAUUAUUCUGAAAAUAACCGAUCACCUUUUUCUACUUGAAUAGAAUUGUCGAUGGAAACUUGCGUGCGCUACUGUUGGAUGUUAAGGGAGGGGUUUUGCCACGAACUAAGAGCAUAUAUAUUCCAUUCCAAUACGCUUUGAAGUUGGGUGGCAAUGUUUUCCUUGGCGUUACAGGGGGUGGUUUAGCAUGAGAGAUAAGUUCGUGAUAGCUUAAACUGAACUUUUGAACUUUUACUGUUUAAAAUUAUUUUGCUAUCAUUAAAUUUUAAAUAUAAAUUUUUAUAUAUGUAUUUACUAUUGAUUUGUUUUGUUUAUAAAGAAACCUAGGGAACAUUCAAACAUGAUUGGAGGUUGGGACUUGACUCUAUAAAAUUCAAAAUGCAUUUCUUACAGGUAUAUUUAUCCAAACGAAUAUUUGUUUGUUAGCCGAAUGACUCACGCUGCCAUCUCUUGGGACACAUAUCAAAGCAGGAAGUAACUAUAUGUAACGUUAAAUGGGACUGGGCACAGAAGGCCGUUGGAGAUUCAAACGCACCUUUCGUUUUCUCUUUCUUUUUUAUACCAACAUAAUUUUUUAUUUAUGCUUUCGAUAGGGGACGAAAAGUAAAAGGGGCGUCGUAGGUGUUAGAUGAAAUGGAAAGCACACUCGAGAGAAUAUUUGGAGCACGUGCUGCAGCAAGUACAUUUCAGCACAUGAUGUGAUUUUAUUUAAAUGGAAGAUACACGAUAAAGGGCGAGAGGGGGUUUACUUUUCCAAGGAAGAGUCAAUGCAGACAUACCGACGCCUGACCAAACGAUUGGUAAAUAUUUAUGCCCGAGAUGCCCGCAAUUUAGAGUUGCCCAUACGAAAAACGAGGCCACCGCUGGAGAAAGCGGGUGGAAAAUAAGCCCAGACGGAGACAGCGAAAGAAAAAGACGGAAAGAAAAACGAGGAUUUAUGUAAGCCCCAAACAAACGGUUGGGGAUCUGAUGAAGCACAACUAAUGAGGCGGGCUACUAUGCCGAUUUGGUAUCGUAAAACCGAAACGGAAAUUUCAAAAACAAAGACUAUGCAUUUUGGAUAUCAAUAAAAGGCCAAUUUAGUUUAUUUCGCAUACGAUAGUAGUCAUGGUACGGGCAACGCUUUAUGGAUGCCAUUAGACCAUCGGUAUGGGCUAAGAUAUAUUAAAAUUACAAAUAUUAUUAAACAAUUUAAUUUUAACCUUCUUUAAAACUGUUAGAAUAUGAUAUAUUUUGAGUACUCACGAAGUCGUAUGUGACUAGACAUUUUUACCGAAAUUUACAUUUCUACAUUUUUUUUAAAUAACUAGAAAGGAAGCACACUUCGGCAAGCAGAAGUUUAUAUAUAUUUGGAGCUCUUACAAAAAUUAAAUAUUCCACAAUUCGAUUUCAAUGUUUACAAUCAAUAUUAUCAAGUUCGGAAUAUGGCGAAAACAGUCUUAAAGUAGGCAGUUUGAAUAUAGUUUAAAAUUAGAGCCCCAUUUGAAAUUAGUUUUCAUAUAACGCUCAGAGAACAACUGUUUAUUGUACACAAAUAUUUUAGGGAAUAGUAAAUUAAAAGCGUCAGGAUGAUCGAUAUAUUGUCCCUGCCGCGCCGGAACAAGGUGUCCGGAAAUCCGGCCCUGCUGAAGAUGAUUUCCUACAAGACCGGACUCCCUAUCAACAGUCUGCCAGGAUGGGAGCUGAUCCCCCUCAACUGCAAACUUCCCAUGCUUAAGUGUCCAGGGAAUCAAGUCAUAUUCUCGAAAAACAAAAUUGGACAGGAUUUCAAAAGUGGUAAGCAGGAGUUUGAGAGCUCUGUUACUGAGCACAUUCCCGAGUACAAUCCGCUUCACGACUCCAACCUGAAGACAUUUUACUCCAACGAGCGUAAUCUGAAGCGUUUGCGGGAAAACGGCGAGAUAACACAGGGCAACGAUGUGAUCUGUAAUCUGAAGGACUUCAAUCAGCAUCGCCAGGAACUGCACAAAUCGCAACUGUACUAUAUUUUGCAGGCUUACAAGCGACGAGAGUCCGAGCAAUAUGAUCGAAUGCUGAUCGCCAAUGCGGAGUCGAUCACGAAGAAGGAUCACCUUAAUCUUGCAGCUCGACACCAGUGCACCGAGGAGGUCUUGGCAAGAAAGCAGUUGCAGGAGGAGGAGCGGCACGAGAGGAAGGUUCACUUGUUGAACAUCACAUAUGAGAAGUUUAAGCGUUUGGAGAACCUGGCCACCAUGCAGAACAUGCUGCUGGAGCACCGUAAGAUGCUUACAAAUAUGCGAGUUGCUGCCCAUAUCAGCAUGUGUCAGGAUCUAAAGAGGAAACUCUUGAUCAAGCAGAAGAAGCUCUUCCAAUUCAAAAAGGAUCGGUUCAACAAGAACAUGCGAAUUCUUCGGAAACAGAGGCUGAUAAAGAACACAGAACACCAGAUCCAGUCUUGGAAAAAGAGGCUGGAUGAGCGCAUUGCCAAUCAGCGUAGGAUUAACUACCUCCUGCAGGAAGUGGAAAAAGAGCGUGUGGCGUUUAUAGACAGACACAAGGCGCUUUACAGGGAAAAGUGGCAGCGGAUUCAGGAUGAGAUUAAGGAGAGAGCUCAGAAAGCCGUCAAAGCUCGCCAUCCCAAGAGGAAGCGGCGCAAGAAGAAGAAUUCGAUACUUCAGGAGCGAAAACCAUCCUUCUGCGAUGAGUAUCAGGCCACCUUCGAGGGUUUACUGGACAGUGAGCUUUGUUAUGCAUUGAAUGCAGCCAUCGCCAUGGAAGGACAGACAGCUCUCAGCUUUGCCCCGGAUGAUCCCAUCUACAAGGCGGCGCAGUACAUACUCGACUACAUUAUUGCUGGAUUCACCGAGGACCUCAGCGAAGACGAGUGCGCCCUGCAGGUGCUGAUCUCGCGCAUCAAGGACUUUGUCUGCGAUGCCAAGAAAUACGUGCACUAUAAAGCUUAUCAGAUCAUCGGCUUUGCCAGGGACCACAAGGCCAUGGAGGUGCCGCCGUCGGUGGCCAAGCCGCCAAAGAACCACUCGCGUGCCUCCCAUGUCUCCUUCAGUGGCGUGGCCAGCACCAUUGGCGUGGGUAGCUACGAGAUUCAUCCGUUCGUGGAUGUCCGCCCCUGCGGCGAGCGUCGGGCCACGCCGGCGGGCUCUUUGGCCUCGCUGGUGGUCAGCCAGAUCGGGGAGCAGGUGAUCCAGGACAAGGUGCGCCUGCCCCACCUGAAUCGUAACCAGAUCGUCUUCAUAGAGCAUUAUCUGGUGAAGUUCAAGCGGGAUUUGCUGGUGGGUCUGGAUAAGCUGGUCUUUGCGGCCAUCCAGUGCCACUUCGAGAACCGAAUGAUGGAGGUGCGCGAAGAGCUCCUGCUGCUGGACAGGAGCUAUCUUUUCGACCAGAUCGCCAGGGGCAUCCUCAGCUAUUCGGUUAACCCGCUUAACUACCAGUCGGUGCUGAAACUGGCCGUGAGCGUUCUGUCCUGUGAGAUCAUCUGGGAGCUGCAGCAGACGAUGCUUAAGCCGGGCAUCGAUCCCCGGGGUCAGAAUCACCCCGUGUCCUGCGGGACUGAGCGGGAACUGGAGACCCUGGCCCUGUGCAUACCCUAGGAUCCUGAUUUGCAGUUGAGGGUAGGGAAAAAUGGGUUUCACAGUGGGGAUUGCUCGGCUCUAGCGAAAAAUAGUCCGUACAAAUUACAUGUACAUUAGAAUAUUCUGGCUGUUCCGGCACUCGGGUGUGCUAAAUUUAUGUGAUGUUUAUCGUUAUUUUUGCAAAUGCUUACGGUUAAUAAAAGUGUUGCUUGUUGUUCCAAGAUAAA